AUGCCUGGGAUUUUAGGUGUUCCUUUAAUCCCACUUCUUCUCAUUUGCCGGAAAUGGGAUACGCAGACGAUAUCCGAGUUUGCCACCGCUUCAAGAUCUUCAAAGAUGAAGGUCCUGGAAUCAAUUCUCCCAUUUUUUGUGGCUUCCCAUAACUGGAAAGUGGAGGCAAACCGUGUCACUCUGAAGUUGACAUUGGAGUACGAUGGUGACAUGAACGAUCAAGUUCCAGACGAAGAAGAUUGGAAUGGAGAAGACGGAAAUUGUGUUUUCAUUUUUGAUGACAAUGAAUAUGACAAGAUUAAGAGAAAGUUUGAAGGAAGUUGUGAUAGUAGAAUUCGAUCAUAUGGAAGCUUUUUGCAAGACGGUGGAAGUUACUACCAUGUUUUCGAUUGGGAUGUUAUCUUUAUCCAAGCUGUAUUUCUAAUGAAUACAUUCGAGGGCACUCAUGAACUUCAUAUCCUGACUAACCAUGUCUCUGAGCUUGUUCAAAUUUUCCAACAAAGAGAGGAACCCGGUCAUUGUGAAAUUCUCGAGAUAGGAUAUGAAGGUAUGAAUGAGAAUGAGUUUGAUUUGGUUCUCCAGCAAUUUGAAACUGUUAAAAUGCUGAUUUUGGAUGAGUAUACCGGAAAGAUUAACUCUCAUCAGACUUUCAACUAUAAUCAAAUUUUCUUCAACAACUGCUCUAAUAUCCAUAUGGCUGAUCUCCAAUAUCUCCAAACCCCAAACAUUGAUUUGUUUAAUCCGACAAGCCUACAAACCAUUGACAUUGUCGCCUUUAUCCAUGGGUGGCUGAUUUCUACUGAUAUGGGAUUUGAGAGAUUCCGUGUGGAGUAUGUCGGAAUGCCAAACCAAUUGAAUCUCCAACAAAUCCUCUCUUGCAUUUACUACCUCCCUUACAAUCCGUACAGCCGCAUGGUUCAGCAAGUCCACCUCGACGUCCGACGUGUUCACCACUACGCCUUCCUCUUCAAUUGCACUGAUAGCGUCGACAUCUACAGAGCUGAUGGAACAGUGGCUUCUCUCAUUUCUCACAAAGACUCUGUCUACUUUGUCGUUUGGCAUCAGACCGAACAAGGACGCAAUCAAGUUCAGCACCCACACGUCGAAGGUCUCUCUUCCCAAUUCCAAAGCAUGCUCCAUAUUUGA